AUUGAACCGUGCCAAGUGCUUGUCACCCAUCUGCUCCACUUUUGGUUUGAGAAAUGUUUUGGCUGAGGUUACUUCUCCUGUCGCUGCUCGGAGGAUCCUACGCAAUCAUCCACGAUUGUAAUCACUAUCUGAACGCAGUCUACAACAUCCGAUACUGCUCUCUCACCAACGUCACCGUAACGCACGAUGCCGAGGAGGUUGUUUUCCGAUCCGAAUAUCCCAGGCCGUACUAUUUCGAGUUUUCCGAAUCGAAACUUACCGAAAUUCCGCGAGUGAUGUUCACCUCUUUUCCGGAAAUGCAAAAUCUGGACGUGACACGGUGCCAGGUGGAAAACGUCAACAAGUAUACCUUCGAACAGGCUAAGGAAUUGCGCUACUUGAACCUUUCCGGAAAUCACUUGACGGUGUUGAACAAUUUUGUGUUUAAAGGUUGUGAUAAGUUGGUGCGAUUGGAUUUGUCCAAUAAUCGUAUAGCGCAAGUGAAGGAAAAAGCGUUGCAUGAUAUAGCGAAAAUCGAUCACGUAGACCUUUCCGGGAAUUUGCUGGACAAUUUGGACGAGAAUCUUUUUUCCAGGCUCACCUUACUAUCGUACCUUUCAUUGGCCAACAACAGACUCACAGAUCUGCACGAUCGCCUUCUGGAAAACUGUACAUUGAUCGCCUAUUUGGAUAUCCGAGGGAACCGCAUUCACAGUUUGAGUGACACCUUUCUGAAAAGUUUGACUUACCUGAGAAUAUUGGUGGUAGAUAAUAACAAAUUGACAUCGUUGAAAAUACCACCACAAUUGACAAAGUUGUCUGCUUCCAAAAACAAAAUCUCUGAAAUUUUCGCUGAAGAUCCAGCCAAGUCACAACUAUACUCAUUGAGUAUUUCAAAAAACAAUUUAAAAAAUAUCUAUAAUGUCACCAUCCUAGAAACCAUCACAAUGCUGGAUCUCUCAUUCAAUCCAAUUGGACCUCUCAAUAUGACUGCAUUCCUCCGGUUGAAAAAGUUGGUCGACCUUAACAUGGAAGCAACGCAGCUGCAAAAUUUGCAGCAUGGGAUUUUUACGCAGCAAACAAAGCUGCGUCGGCUGGACAUAUCGUACAAUUUCCUUCAAAAAUUGGAUUUGACCAUACUGACGUCGAUAUCCGGAUUAGAAACACUGUUCAUUGACGGAAACGGUCUCAUCGACAUCAACUACGAACACGUACCGGAGCUGUUUCCGAAUCUCACCUACUUGGGACUAUUCGCUAACGCUUGGAAUUGCUCGUACUUGACGAGUUUGGUUCGAUUCUGCAACCGGAAUAAAAUCGCUGUCAGUUCAACGAAGAUCUACGGUGAAAUGACCUAUUUGACCAAUGUGCAGGGAAUUUACUGUGCUAGCUCGGAUAAAGAUCGGGUCCAAUUUCUGCCAAGUACGGCAGUAAGCCAUUUGGAUGAGAAUGUUGGACGCGAGGAAGAUACUCAGCUGAACUUGAUAGUGGCUAAUGUGACAUCGACGGAAUUUGAAUACAAGUUGAUGGUAGAGCUGUUGGAUAUGAUAAGGAAUGUGAACAUCAGUAAUGCCAAUCGCUUGGAGGAAGUGAGACGGAUUGCGUUGGAUUCGGAUAGAGGCUGCGAAUCGGUACAUACGACCGGUUAUCAGGUGUUCAUCAUGUUGAUUAUGACAGUGAUUCUGGUGCUAAAUGUCGGAUUCCUACUGUAUGUUCAGUACAAUGCCAAUGCACGGCGAGCAAUGGAUCGGAUGAUAAUUUUCAAACGGGGGGAGACGGCGUCCAUUCAAACUUCGAUUGAUGACUAUUGAGCGUGGGGGGAAAGGAUU